UGUUUAAGAUGUGUGUAAUCAUAUACUUGUUUUUUUUAGGUGCAGUUAGUGAGCUGGAGGAGCGUUUGGACCAAAUGCGGAUUGGUGCAUCUCGUGUGCACUACGACUCCGAGAGUGAAGAAAGCGGAAGCUAUACUGACAGAUCCAGCUCUGUGACGGAGGAACCCCCGAGUGCUUUCCAAGAAUACAUCAAAGGCAUGACACGAUCACACAGUGAGAGCGAUAUCCGACCACGUCCAAAGUCAUUUAUACGGCCACUUUUUGAUCAUCCUCACACAAGGAACUUGAAGAAAACUGAUCCAGUGGCGAAGUAUUUCCAGUAUAAGCAGGACUGGGAGAUGUUUAAACCUCCAGGAGAGAAGAGCAGGAAGGAGCUGCACUGGGCCAUCAGGGUAUCAUAAAUCACAUUGCUAACCCAA